CUAAACAGAGCCUUUCUCGCGCCCAGUCGAUCGUCACACUCUCUCUCUCUCUCUCGUCGCGGCAACAACACCAGCGUGGGCUCGUCCAAGUAAUCCUCAUCUCUUCUUCUUUCCUCUCGCUCUCGCUCUCGCUCACUCAGACCCUGACAAUCUCUUCGCGUUACCCUCACAGAUUGUCUGUAGCAGCAGCGACUUCGUCACCGGUUCUCCCUCUGACAUUCAGGAUGUGUGAACAUUUAUUAGAUUGCUGUACUUGAUACGAAAGUUCCUUUUCUUGAUUUACCACAAGAUUACCUUUUAUAUCAGUUGGGCGGAGAGAAUUAACUAGCUAUUUCUGUAACCAGACAUCAUUACUGCUAGUAUCGACGAAGUCUCAUCAAAUACAAAGCCUUUGAUUCGUCAAAUAUGGAAAUUGCCCAAGAGAGUUAAGAAACUAAUGGAGAUGAUUCCUCAUCUGUCUCAUGACUUUCAAACAUUUCCAGAAGGUGCUUUUACUUAGCUACAUCCUACAGUUUGGCUGGAAAGAGGACAGAAGCAUAUGCAUUGUACUGCCGUGCCCAUUCUCUAGCUAAUGAUGCCCUUAAAAAAUUUAAAAGUCUGACUACUGCUGAUCAGGUAAUGAUCAAGAAAUUGAAGAUGUUAUAUGAUGACAGCAGGUCUAACAGCUGCAUAGAACAUGCAACAGGAAUUAGAGGAGGAGAAGGCUCCGGAGAAUCUCUCGAAAAAAAUCUCUACGAUAUCAUUAACUGGAGCUGAUAAGGAGGGGUUCGAUAUGUUUGGCAAGUGUGUUGGCUUUGUUAAGUUCAAUGCAGAUGUGGUUGAUAAGGCAACAGGAAAGAAGGUUCCAGGUAUUGUGUUUGCACAUGGGCCAGCAGUAGCUGUGCUGAUCCUUUUGGAGUCGGAUGGCAACACUUUUGCUAUGCUUACUGAGCAAGUACCGAAUGCAUUGAGUGGCCACCGUGAAUCUACAGAUUAUGAGACCGAUGAGAACCCACAUACACCACCACCAGAUGAUGAGGUUGUAAUUAAAGUUUCUUUGGAUAGUUCGCGUAUACCAAUAGUCCAAUUGGCAGAGGGACUUCUUAUUAGUGACGAUCCGUUGCAGUUUACAAUCUUUUUUGUAUUUAUUUAAUUUUUGAAAUAAAUAUCAAAUGUUUUAUAUUUUCUGUAAGCUUGAAAUUAAUUAUAUUGUAAAUGAUGUCUUUUUUGUGUUUCUUU